AUGGAACAAUUUGCAACGAUGCCAGAAAGCGAAGCGAAGCGAUUCGCCGUGCUGACAUACGGACAAGUCGUUCGUCUGGGAGAAGUGCUAAGCAGAAAAGUUGAGAUUCACGGUCGUGGCAACUUCCCUACCAUCCAAGUCGUCUUGAAAGACCUUGUCGAAGCCGUAUCUUCCCGUCUGCGUGAGAAAGGCGUGAAACUUCGCGAUAUUCGUUUAAACGGCGGCGCCGCGAGUUUUGUGCUGUGUCAAGAUAAGAAAUAUAUAUUCAAUGACUUAGACUUAAUAUUCGGAGUCGAUUUAACCUGUCCACAGCGAAUUCAUAUGAUUUUUGACGUCGUUAUGGAUGCCCUCACGGAUUUCUUACCCGAAGGAGUGAGCAAGAAUCGAAUGUGCAGUGCAACGUUAAAAGAUGCGUAUGUGAAGAAAUUGGUAAAAGUUACCGACGAUUCGAACCGGUGGUCACUCAUUUCACUGUCCAACAACGAUGGACGAAAUGUUGAGCUGAAAUUUGUCGAUACCAUGAAACGACCGUUCGAAUUCUCCAUCGAUUCAUUUCAAAUUAACUUGGACUCGCUUCUGAGCUUCUUUAAGCUCUCAACUCUGCCUAUCAAGCCGAAUUUUUUCCCUACAGUCCUCGCCGAGUCAGUGUAUGGGGAUAUCGGAAUUGCGCUGCACCACUUGGACAAUCGGUUAAUUGCUACUCGAAAUCCUGAGGAAAUUCGUGGUGGUGGAUUGCUAAAGUACUGCAAUCUUUUGGUAAAGAGAUACACACCUGAGGAUCGCAGGGAAAUCAAAAUUAUGGAGCGCUACAUGUGUAGUCGGUUCUUUAUCGACUUCGGAGAUCUCGACACACAAGUGAAAAAACUGCAGAAAUAUUUACAAGACCAUUUUCACGGUGAAGAGCGCGUCAAAUGCGAAUACCUGCGAAUCUUGCAUCGCACAAUCGCCACUUCCACUGUAUGUCUCAUGGGUCACGAACGUAAACAGACACUGAUGCUUAUUGAGCAACUGGCGAACAAUAUCGAACAUGGUUUGCUCGGAAUGAACUACUAUUUUAGGCCAAUACCUGCGCGAUUUCAAGCAGCCAAUUGCUACUACAAGGGACCAGGAUUCAGAAAUCACCACAGCCAUCACCACCAUCGAUACCGAUUCUACCCCCAUUGCUCUCCGAUGGCCAGUUAA